CUCGGCCCAACCUCUUUCUCCCCGGCUUGUACACCCCUCACAGGUCAGUGAGAAGCAGCCUUGUGGGUGGGUGGGAGCUGGACCAGACACCUCUUUAAGAUGUAGGAGUCUUGGUGAGACGAGAGGCUGAGAUACUGGAGGGAGAUGUGGUACCUGCAGCAUGACGGCAACACAGACCAAUGCGGGCUUGACAGCGCUGGAUGGCUUGCCCAAGCCAUUCGUGAAUGCUAUGAGAACAUUAUUUGACAUAAUGGAUGACCAACGCACUGGUUAUGUUAAGUUUUCAGAAAUUGAGCGCCGAUGGCAAGAUGAUGGAGCCCAAGGAAUGCCUCGGGGAGUGCUGGCCAGUCUUCGUAAAGUGACUCCUCCUGAUGGUUACCUCUCCUUUGAACGUUUUUGUGCUGGCCUGCAGAUCAGUUUAUUACGCAACAAGAUGGAAGACCGACCAGCCGGCUCAUCUAAUAAUGUGAUUCCACCACCAAAACUACCACCAGUAACGUCUAUGGGACCUCCACCUCCUCCUCCACAUAUUCGACCACCUUCUGCUCCUCUUCUGGACCAGGAGCAGCAUCCAAAGCAGCCAUGCACAAAUUCUGCCAUGCGAUCAGGUGUGAUCUCUCAGCAUGUUCGUGCAGAGAGAGCAAUGUCUAUGCCUCAUUUAGACGAGCCAGUCAACCAUCAUGAACCAAACACACAUCACGGCUAUGAUCCAGAUCCACGUGUGCAUUCAAACAAAUCUGAUGUUAAGAUGGUAGCUGGAGGAGUCAUGUCCCAUUCUAAGUCGAUGGGAAACAUGGCGGGUCCUCCAAAGCCGCCUCGAGUAAUGGAGCGGGAGCGAGGAACCCAUAGCUUAGAUCGACACUUGGAGACUCGUGGCAUGGGUGAGCAUGGUAGAAUGCCCGGUGAUAUUCGAGCUACCCAUUCAUUGGAACGAGAUCGUUCUGAAAGAAAGUGGGACAAUGAUGGAAGUGAAUGGACCCGCAGAGAUAGGGAACGUAGUGAACAUCCAGAAUUUCGGCGUGAGCGUGGCUCUAGUCUUGAGCGACUAUUGGACUCUGAUGAUAAAGGAAAUUCAGUCCCACUUGGACGAGCUGGGAUUCGGUCUGCCCUGCAGACUUGGCACAAAGAAAGAAGCAGAGGAGAUAGUGGAGAUAAUAAUAAUACAUGUAAUAAUAAUAAUAAUAAGAAUGUGCCAGUGCUGAGAAAAGAAUUUAGAGAGCCAAGACAAUCACUGGUAAUGGAACCUCUCGGUAGAGGAGUAGGAGAUGGAGGGGACGGCACGAGAGCAACUGUGGGGACACAGUCUGAAGCUUCCACUGCCACUGCCACAGCGAUGAUGACAGCAGCACCAAGUGCAGCUCCCACGCACAAAAAGUCCAGCAGGAGACGAGAGCCUCGAAGACAUACACUUCAGAAUGGAGUUGACUGUAGUAUGCUGAGACGCUUAAAACAACUGGAGGCUGAACGAGACAUGCUGAUCCAGGGCUACGAGGUUGUGGAGAGAGCGCGCAGUUGGUACAGGCAGCAGUUGCAGGCCAUUUCUGAGAGAAUCCACUACUUGCCACAGGGUCCUCCCAAGCAUGAGCCUAGCUUGGAGGCACAGCAAGAGAAACUGCAUUUCCAGCUUGCUCGUAUUCAUGAAGUUAAUGCCCAUUUGCAAGCUCUCAUGGAAGCAACUGAGCAUGGCCUUCCUUCACACAUGAAUCUAGCCAUAUGCUCCAAUAUGCCCUCUGCCUCUGCUGGCAGCAACCACAGGAAUACUGGUGGCAGAGGUCAAGGCACUGAAUCUGAUGACCAAGAUCGGGUCGUAGGGCGACUCAAAGACCAGAACCACCUUCUUACUGAGGAAGUAAGCAGUAAAAGCGAGCGCAUCACUGUUUUGGAGCGUGAAAAAGCAGCUCUGUUACGAGAACUUUUCCAGUCACGCUCCUCCCAUCACCACCUGCAAGGAGCGUCCGCUGACUCAACAUUCAUGUGAUCUGCAGUUAUAUUAAUUAAUUAAUUUUAUGCUCAAUGUUCAUUAACUAUUUUAAUUUUGAUAAAAUGUAUUAAUUUUAAUUUCACCAAUAAUUAUAAUAAAGUUAAGCAUUUUAUUUCCCACAUUGACGCUUGGCAUACUAAAACGGCAUUGAAAUUAAUUUAGGAUUUGUGCCAAAAUGCCAAAUAAUAAAUUGUUACAUUAUUAAUGAAUUGCCAUGACUUGUUGUUUUAUAAUCAAUGGUAACACAUUUCUUUGGUGGUUUUCGUGAUGUGGGCGCACGGUGUGAUCGUAUGUUGUGUAUUUUUCAGUUAUGAUCACCUUUUUAACUUAUCAGGUUGUACCUUUUGUGGUAGCAAUAAUAACCAUGACACCUUGAACAAUUUCUGCUGUUGCUCUCUGGUUGUCUUGCAAUUUUAUAUGACUUGCAUGGUCUUCACACCUCAGUUAAGAGUUUCAUGGCCUAAAUAGUUCACGCUAAUGAUCUUUCUGUUAAGUCUAUUAAUUUUACUCACAUCUUGUGCAUUUUGUUGCAUUUCCAUAAUCAUUUCUCAUAUUAUUUAUUAACACUUUUGUGUUGUUUUGGGGUGUUGCAUAAUUUCUUGUUGAAAAUGUACCACCUCCCCUUUGCCCACUCUGAUUUGCAAAAUAUUUAUACUAAUUUUGUCUGCAUUGUAAAUUUAUUUUCAGUAUAAGGAUAGAACAUCAAAGUUGGUAUCAAAAUAUUUGUAAAUGAAUAUUAUAUAGUACACUGUACUGUACAAUAUAGAGUACUGUACUUAUAAAAUAAAUUAGAUAAAGUUGACCAAACCACACACUAGAAAGUGAAGGGACGACGACAUUUCGGUCCGUCUUGGACCAUUCUUGAUUCAAUUGUAACUUGAUAUACAAUCGACUUGAGAAUGGUCCAGGACAGACCGAAACAUUGUCGUCCCUUCACUUCCUAGUGUGUGGUUUGGUCAACUUAUUUCAGCCACGUUAUUGUGACUCCUCGUCUGCAAAUUGGAUAAAUAAUGGUGGGCAUCCAAAGUACCACAGUUUAUAAAAAGUUUAAAAACAUUACUACAUUGUGGAGUUAUUUAUAGUCAUAAAUCAUUUCUUUUUUAUAUAUCUAUAUGCACAAAUGAUUGAUCUGUAUUGUAGGAAAAUGUUUUGCAUUAUAGAAAAACAAAAUAUAAUUUUGUUUUUUUUUAGUUUAGUUUUUUCUAUGAACAAAAAAUUAACAUAAAGUGUAAAUUGCAUGCGUUGUCAUUGACUGAAGGUGGGUGCUAUACAUAAAUAUAUUACUCAUUUUUGGUUUAAACGGUAUUUACUGUACAGGCUUAACGCAUUGAUUUUAGUAUCAAAAAGUUUGGAAAUGAAUGAUAUUCAGUAAGAUAUACAGGAAUGGAUAACCAAUGUCUGUGAGUGUGCAAUGAGCCGCCGAGUUUACUAAACAUUAUCUUCAUCUCUAAAUUACACAGCUACUCAUGGUCACAAAUAGUUUUUUUUGUUUAUUUGUGCAGUAAAUAUGCAUAAACGAUUUGUCUAUAUUGCUGUAGAAAAAAAUGACUUAAUGUUUUGAUAAAUGUUUAAUUUAAAAUGAAGUGUAAUUUGUACACAGUUCCAUAGAUUUUGAUGUGGCUCUGUGCAGUGUGGUGGAGCAGUGGUCUCAUAAGGUAUGCUCAGUUAUGAGGCAUGGCAUUUAAUAAUUGAAUAAUAAUUUGUUUUUGUUGGGGGACAGGAAGCCUGAGUAUGUGCAUAUAUUCUUUAGGAUUGCAUCAAGGUGACUUACCCCCACCCCACCCCCGGUCAAACUACUAUACUGACCUUUCCCAGGAUACAACCUCACAACAGUUAUCCAACUCCUAGGUAUCUAUUUACUGUUAGAUGAUCAGAUGCAUUAGGUGAAAGGAAAUAUACUCAAUCAUUUCCGUCCCGCCUAGGAAUUGAACCUUGGCUUCCUGAUUGAAAGUCGAGAGUGAAGCCAGCUGUAUUAUCGGACCCAUUCUGCAUCUUUAUAAUGCAGAAAUAAUUGUAAAUGAAGCAAUAUAGGAUAUUUUGGAAUGAAUCAUCAGAAUGUGUGUUUCCAGCUCGUGCUUUUGUCACCCUCUAUGUUCCAAGCAUUUGUUAUAUUUAUCACUUUUUCAACACUGCCAGUAUGAUAAAUUUUGUUAAAACAAAUAUAGCAGUGCAUUGAUAAAGGCAGUCAUGUAUUGAGGAAUCUAUAUGCUUUAUAUACUGUAAAACAUUUGUCGUGGAUAAGGGUUGUUAUCAUUGUUACUGUGUUUAGAGAAAAUGUGAUUUCUCUGCUAAACACCAAGCCAUUAGGUGCCAACAAUAAUUGUUAUUUUAUGCUGUGACUGAAUUUUAAAUUGAUGUUGAGAAGUGUGUAAAUGCCCGAGUCUAUCCAAUAAGACGUAUGGAGUUGAUGUAGUAGUGUAUAACAUAGAGGAGAGGUGUGUAUGGUCUCUACUUUGUUUAUUUUGAAGUUUAUGAUCUCUUUAUAAUUAUAAUUGUGAAACUGUGUGUCAGCUGUUUGAAUGUGCAUUGUUUUAUCUGCAAUAUAUGCAAGAGUUGUCAUGUUGGACAUGAUUUUGUCAUGCCAAUCCUCUGAUGGCUAUACUACUAACCAUGAAUAAGUAUGAUACUAAUUCAACACAUUCCUUGCACAAUAUUUACAAUGAUUUAUUAACUUUCACUGUUGGUUAUAUGAAGUUUUUGUAUUUGAUAAUGCAUUUUUAAAUCAUUUUUUGUUUGAAACAUUUAUAUUUUAAAGUUGCCAAACACAAAAUAUUGUACUGUAUAAUGUAAACUAAUAAUUAAUGCUUGAAUAUUUAAAAGUAAGAACAAAAAUGUAAUUAUUUCUAGCUGAUGUAAAAUUCAGUUAAGAUGCAGACUGUGAUAAAGGUUUGAAGCGCAGCUAACACAGCAGUGACGCCUCGCACUAUCAUAUUUCUAUCUGAUAUUAAACUGUUCAUUUUUAUCUCUUUUUUUUUUUUUUUUUUUUUUUUUUUUUUAAAGGAUUUUAAGUGUUUUGAAAAUAAAUUAUAUAAUUUAUUGAUUCUUAUAUUUAUAUAUAUAUAUACUGUAUAGAUUAGUUCAAAGCUUCAAGGGACUGCCAAAGAAAAGUUCCAGAUUUUUUUUUUUUUUUAACGAAAGGUAGAGCAAAUUGACAGUCUGGGUGAAUACAGAAGUGAUACUUGAAAUGUUUUUACAUUCAUUCUAUUAUAUUUCUUUAAGUAUUCCAGACUUCAGUUUUAUCAGUGUAGUAGGUCAACCUAUAACCUUAUCAUGGCAGAAGCCUUAGGAGAUUGUUCUUUUUGAAACAGGUUGUGUGCAAUAAAGUACAUAUUAAGUGCCUGCUACCCUAAUUGACCCCUCACGGAUGCUACCUCAAUGUGGUGAAGGAGCAUUUACACACCAUUCUCAGUUGACCAAGGGUAGCUACGGCUUCCUUCUCCUGCCCAUUGCAGUAGUGUGCAAUGAAAGCACUUGCUGUGAUAGACUUGCUGAAUAGGAAUGGGGGUCUUUGCGCUGGUGUAGGCGAGUUGCUCUUACUCAAGUCUCUUAUAUGAGUGGUCUAAUAUGUUAAACUGGGAAAUACCACUAGGAUAGAAGUAUCCAAUCUGCACAUGCUCGUGCUUGGCCUCCCUCGCUACCCUGGUAGGUGGUAUCCCAUGAUCCCAGGUCAAACUUUAUCAAAUUCUUUCAGAGCAACUUCGCUCUCUCUCUUCCUCUGACUCAUGUGGUGGGUGACCAGGCCCCUCAGGAAGAUGUGCUCUUUCCUUAUAACCUGCUCACCCUAUAGUUACUGUUGUGCUGGACCCUGACCACUGUUCGUAACCUGAUAACUUUGACAUCGCUUGUCUUGUGUGUCUGCUCUCUUAUUGGCAUCCUCAUGAUAUUUUGGACUUUUUCACUAUUCUGCAACACAGAUGGUGGUAAAUAGUCAUCCCACCUUGGUGCCUUCUUUUGAUAAUUGUCCUAAUUGAAAAAGUAUUUGAACAUACUCAUAAGAAGGGAUAUGUGUACAUUACUUAAAAAUAAUAACUAUGUAACAUCACAUUCCAUUUGUUAAUUUUUUUUUUUUGUUACAACUUUCCCCAAUUUAUAGCAUAAGCUUCUAAUGCAGCAAUAUUGCUUGCCGUCUGUAAACUGUGAUUACCAAAUAAACUCCUGGUUUAA